UCUUGACUUUAUUGUUGGCUGCUGCUUGUGUCUGAGAAGCCGCCGUGCCCGGCUGCCGUACUCCGUAGCUGGAGUUGAUAACGCUUUCCAGAAGCACUAUAGAUAAGGUUUGAGUUGGUCUUACUAACUGCAGCUAUGGUGCAGAAGUAUCAAUCCCCCGUACGGGUGUAUAAACACCCUUUUGAGUUAAUUAUGGCUGCAUAUGAAAGAAGGUUUCCUACAUGUCCUCUGAUCCCAAUGUUUGUAGCCAGUGACACUGUAAACGAAUAUAAGAGUGAGGAUGGAGCUAUCCAUGUGAUUGAACGGCGCUGUAAGCUGGAUAUAGAUGCACCACGGCUAUUGAAAAAGAUUGCAGGAGUGGAUUAUGUCUACUUUGUCCAGAAGAAUUCUUUGAACAGACGAGAAAGGACUUUGCAUAUAGAAGCCUACAAUGAAACCUUCUCUAAUAGAGUCAUUAUUAACGAACACUGCUGUUACACAGUUCAUCCUGAUAAUGAAGACUGGACCUGUUUUGAACAGUCAGCAAGUCUGGAUAUUAAAUCUUUUUUUGGUUUUGAAAGCACAGUGGAAAAAAUUGCCAUGAAGCAGUACACCAGCAAUAUUAAAAAGGGAAAAGAAAUAAUAGAAUACUACCUGAAGCAGCUGGAGGAAGAAGGAAUAACUUUUGUUCCUCGUUGGACUCCUCCUGUUGCAUGUAAAUCGGAGAGCAGUACAUCCCACACAAGACGACCAGUUUCACCCGCUAUUAAUAUACCAGACUCUGCCACAAAGGAAGGCUUGAACAAUAAGGAGAUCCUCAACACCUCAAGCAGCCCCUCGGAGCCCACAGCAGGAACACCUGAUGACAAGCUAGAUGCAGACUACAUCAAGCGGUAUCUGGGUGACUUGACACCAAUGCAGGAAAGCUGCCUCAUUCGGCUGAGACAGUGGCUCCAGGAGACGCACAAAGGCAAAAUCCCAAAGGAUGAGCACAUCUUAAGAUUCCUGCGUGCGCGGGACUUCAACAUUGAUAAAGCAAGAGAGAUCCUUUGCCAGUCGCUGACGUGGCGUAAGCAGCACCAGGUAGACUAUAUUCUAGACACCUGGAACCCUCCUCAAGUACUACAAGAUUACUAUGCAGGAGGCUGGCAUCACCAUGACAAAGAUGGUCGCCCACUGUAUGUGCUGAGAUUGGGACAGAUGGAUACCAAAGGCUUAGUGCGAGCUCUUGGGGAAGAGGCCUUGCUUCGAUACGUUCUUUCAAUAAAUGAAGAAGGGCUGAGGCGAUGCGAGGAGAAUACGAAAGUAUUUGGCAGGCCAAUAAGCUCAUGGACCUGUCUAGUAGAUCUGGAAGGCUUAAACAUGCGGCAUUUAUGGAGACCUGGUGUCAAAGCAUUGCUAAGGAUCAUUGAGGUGGUUGAAGCUAAUUACCCUGAGACUUUGGGUCGUCUUCUUAUCCUAAGAGCACCUCGAGUAUUCCCAGUUCUUUGGACACUGGUUAGUCCAUUUAUUGAUGACAACACUAGAAAGAAAUUCCUUAUUUAUGCUGGAAAUGACUACCAGGGCCCCGGGGGACUGCUGGAUUACAUCGAUAAAGAAAUUAUCCCUGAUUUUCUUGGUGGAGAGUGCAUGUGCGAAGUACCAGAGGGUGGGCUGGUUCCCAAGUCCCUUUACCGAACAGCAGAAGAGUUGGAAAAUGAAGACAUAAAGCUUUGGACUGAAACAAUCUACCAGUCUGCAAGUGUCUUCAAAGGAGCUCCCCAUGAGGUUCUCAUUCAGAUUGUGGAUGCCUCAUCUGUGAUCACAUGGGAUUUUGACGUGUGCAAGGGCGACAUUGUCUUUAACAUCUUUCAUUCUAAAAGAGCCCCACAGCCUCCUAAGAAGGACUCUCUGGGAGCUCACAGUAUUACAUCUCCUGGUGGGAACAACGUCCAGUUGAUAGACAAAGUCUGGCAGUUGGGGCGUGAUUACAGUAUGGUGGAGUCUCCCCUUAUCUGCAAGGAAGGGGAGAGUGUGCAGGGAUCACACGUGACCAGGUGGCCUGGCUUCUAUAUUCUCCAGUGGAAAUUUCACAGCAUGCCUGCCUGUGCUACAACCAACCUGCCUCGUGUGGAUGAUGUCUUAGCAUCUCUACAGGUUUCCUCUCACAAGUGUAAAGUGAUGUACUAUACAGAAGUAAUAGGAUCUGAAGAUUUCAGGGGAUCUAUGACCAGCCUUGAAUCAAGCCACAGUGGAUUCUCCCAGCUCAGUGCUGCCACCACCUCUUCUAGCCAGUCCCAUUCCAGCUCCAUGAUUUCCAGAUGGCGAUUUUGCUGACAACUGUAAAGAAACUGCUUCAUUCAACACUCCACAUCUGUCCAGAGGUGUCUGGCUUUGUAGACCUUUUUGAGUUGCAGUCACUUUUCAAGUCUGAAGAUCUAUAUUUUGUUUUUCACUUGAGCUGGCUCAAAAGUGGCACUUUGGGUUUUUCCUGCUGUUAAUCUUAACACAUCUUUUAAGCUCAAAGCACAUGACAGCACAAACAGCUGGGGAGAUAAAAUUCCAGAAAAACAAUAGCUAAUCCUCCUCUAAGCGAAGUGCUGUGGCAAUAUGACUUGAUUACUGCAGUCUAAUUAAUUUCCCAUACCCUGGUCUUUCUUUGUGUGAUUUUAUUGCUUUUCUUCUUUCUCUCAGCCAAUAACUCUUCUGUUGGCUUUUUUCCUGUUAUCAGUGUCCUUCUGCACUUUCCUGUCUGUACUCAUGAACUGCAUAUCAAAUUCUGUAAAUGUUUUGUAUACAUAAUACCUCAUUCUUGGUAAUAAAAUACAGAUAGUCUUUAAAAGAUUUUUUUAUCGUUUAUCAAUAAAUGUGAACUGUUUGGAAAAAA